GGCAGUUACAUUUGAAAACAGGCGGCAGACGCAGAAACGACUCGAGUUGUCAGUAACAAGGAGCUUGAGGAGUGGCUGGACGGAUGACAAACGUUAGCCGGAGAGAAAAGAUGACCGGGGAAAGUGAUUUGUCGAUAAAAGAGGCGUUUCAACGCGCUCAGAAAGGACACAACAACAAGGCUAAACUAGUGGCCAGUCUCAAGAACACAUACAACAAGUCAGAGGACAAGACAUUGUUCCACGAGGAGUUUAUCCAGUACCUAAAACAUGCCAUGAUCGUGUACAAGAGAGAACCAGCUGUGGAAAACGUGAUAGAGUUCGUCUCCAAAUUCUCCACCACACAGAACCCCUUCCUCAGUUACAUGUUCAACUUCCUGUUGGAGUCCCACAAGGCCAGUAGUCAAGUCCCACAAGGCCUGGUCAAGGUAUUGAUCUACUUCUCUGCUGCUAACCCUGUGUCCCCCUUCAGUCCCACUGCCAACAGCCACUCUGUGUUCCUGUGUGUCAGCUGA